AUGGUGAAUCGCACAUUGUUGAAUGCUGGGUUCAUGAAUCAGACAGGGCCGGGACUCAUUUCUUGCCAAUCAAAACUAAAAUACCAUCUCACUUGCAAUAGUUCGUCAUCCAGCUACAUGGCGGUUUGCAAGGGGAAAUCCAACCCAGCAAUAUCAGAGACCGGAGCUUCGACAACCCAAACUAAAAUCAUCCGACAAAGGCUAGGACUAUAUUGA